AUGGCUCUUGAUUUCCUCACGAUCCAGCCGAUGUCAGCCGAGUGCGAGAGGCUCUUUUCUGCCGCAGGUCGAUUGGUGACUCCCCUGCGCAGCCGCCUUGAAGUCGACAUAAUCGGGAUGUGUCUAGUGCUGCGUUCGUGGAUACAAGCCAAGAUAAUCGACGACCUGGAUCCUCUGUUCGUUCCCACGCAAAUCAAGGUCGAGAGCAGCGCCAGAAGCGAGGCGGGCGCAAGAGAGUCAAUGGCGUCAUUUCUCGGCCGAGCGAGAGAGCUGGCAGAAGAGGAGAAAGGGUGGGAAUAG